AUGGAGUCGACACCGGUAGAUGAAUCUGCAAAGCUCCGUGAGCUCGACGCCAACGUCCGGGACCAGGAUGAUCUCGAAAGAGAACUUGGUCUUCAGGCCGACCGGCUGCUUAUGGAACAAGCGGAUGAGAGGGAUCAGAAAAGAAUCGAACGGACGACCAAAGAGAAGCUAAAAAUCGAGGACCAGAUCUUGAAGCUAUACCAACGUCUAGAGCAACCCGCGGGACCAGCGCAGAGGGUACGCACCGAAUCCGAGAUCACAAAAGCCCAGGAUAGAUUGGCCACUCUAGAUUCGGACUUGAAAGAAAUACAAGAGCGCAUCGACGGCCGACACGUGGAUCAAGAUGUUGUGCCGGAGACAGAAACGGGCAGACUGCCAAAUGAAUCACGUCGUGAUUAUCUUAUUCGCACGGGGAAAAUCACCCCAUUUUCGAAAAUGGGCAGCGGUCCGAGGCAAGGUACACUGGAAAGCUUACAGGAUGCAUUGAUUGAUGCCGAGGAUGAACGCGACGAGGCAGAAGCUUUACGUGAUGCGUCCAAGAGAGAUGCCGUGUCUCAUCGUAAUUUACGCCUUCCCGGGCUUGGUCUCGGUGACGAGAGAGAAAGCUCAGAGGACUUUCCAGAAUCAGAUCGGUCACAAAAACGGAGAAAAAUUACUCCCGGUGUUUCACGAAAAGCUGCCAAGACCUCUCGACAGGUAGACACCGGGGAUGAUGAUUCCUACGUGGAGAGCGAAGCGAGUGAGCUCUCUUCUACGGAUGAGUUUGACCCUACUCCGGGAGAAACGUUGGGGAAACGGAAAUCACGGAGAGUCGAUAAUGAGGAUGUGGAGGACCUGACAGGUCUAGACGAUGGCAACGAGGAAUUUUAUCAAGAAAGACUGCGCCGCUGGAUCCGUCGCCGAGCUGCGGCUCGUAAGCGAACGGCGGAGGGCGGAGAAAUUAUCAAGGAGGAAGAGGAGGAUGCAGGUGUAGGCCAGCAGACUCAGGAAUGGCUCCUCCCACAUCCAACUGUUCCCGAUGCUGAAUACGAUGGGGGAUAUCGCGUACCUGGUGAUAUAUUUCCAAUCCUCUUUGAUUACCAAAAGACCGGCGUGCAGUGGCUCUGGGAACUGUACCAACAGCAAGUGGGAGGCAUUAUUGGGGAUGAAAUGGGCCUCGGCAAGACGAUCCAGAUCAUUUCAUUCCUAGCAGGUCUUCAUCACAGCGGGAAACUACAGAGGCCGGUGAUUGUCGUGGCUCCGGCCACUGUCAUGAAACAGUGGGUGACCGAGUUUCAUCGAUGGUGGCCGCCGUUCAGAGUAUCCAUCUUGCAUACGUCUGGGAGCGGCAUGAUCAAUGUCCGGAACGAAAGUACCCGCGAAAAUGCCUUGAGCAAUGAGAUAUGGGACCCCAGCCGGCCUCAUGCAAUGACCAAGUCCCAGAAAAUGGCCAAGAAGAUUGUGCAACGGGUGGUUGAGGAAGGGCAUGUUCUGGUCACCACGUAUUCAGGUCUCCAGACGUAUGCGCCCGUUCUCAUCCCCGUUGACUGGGAUUGUGCUGUUCUCGAUGAAGGCCACAAGAUCCGCAAUCCAAAUACCUCAAUUACUAUUCAUUGUAAAGAGCUGCGUACUCCGCACCGGUUGAUUCUGUCUGGCACGCCAAUGCAAAACAACUUGUCUGAGCUGUGGUCCCUUUUUGAUUUUGUCUUCCCAAUGCGUUUGGGCACUCUGGUCGACUUUCGCAAUCAAUUCGAAUUCCCUAUUCGCCAGGGAGGCUACGCAAAUGCAAGUAACUUGCAAGUACAGACCGCAGCGCGGUGUGCAGAAACUCUGAAGGAGGCUAUCAGCCCCUAUCUAUUACAACGGUUUAAAGUGGACGUGGCUGCCGAUCUACCCAAGAAGAGCGAGCAGGUUCUCUUCUGCAAACUGUCACCACUUCAACGCAAGGCUUACGCGCAAUUCUUGAAUUCGCAAGAGUGCAACUCCAUUCUGGCUGGGCGCAGGCAGGUUUUGUAUGGGGUUGAUAUGUUACGCAAGAUCUGCAACCAUCCGGAUCUUGUAACCCACAAGCUCUUCUCCUCGCGACCGGACUAUGGCGAUGCUGCCAAAUCCGGCAAGAUGCAGGUGGUGAAGGCGCUUCUGGAAUUAUGGAAGGAUACUGGCCACAAGACGUUGUUGUUUGCGCAGCAUCGCAUCAUGCUAAACAUUCUUGAGAAGUUUGUCAAGGCGCUCCCAGGUUUUAACUACCGCCGGAUGGACGGUGAGACUCCGAUCCAUCGCCGGCAGAGCCUUGUGGACGAGUUCAACAAUAGCCCGGACAUCCAUGUCUUCUUACUCACAACCAAGGUCGGAGGACUCGGAGUUAACCUCACGGGAGCUGACCGUGUUCUCAUCUACGAUCCUGACUGGAAUCCAUCAACAGACAUGCAAGCUCGAGAGAGAGCAUGGAGACUUGGACAAAAGAGAGAAGUAACCAUUUACCGGUUGAUGACGGCGGGCACCAUUGAAGAGAAGAUUUACCAUCGCCAGAUUUUCAAGCAGUUCCUAACGAACAAAGUGCUGAAAGACCCGAAGCAGCGGCAGACGUUUGAGAUGAGCAGCCUGCACGAUCUAUUCUCACUGGGGGAAGAAGACCAGGCAGAAACUAGCAGCCUUUUCAAAACAGAAGUUACGUACCAGGCAAAUGCCAAGGAGAAAUCCAAGGCUGGUCGACAAAAUGAGAAGCAAGAUGUCCAGAAUGUCGAGGGGAUCGCGGGAGUGGAAGAAUUCCACGACGCAGCAGGGAAUAAAGGAGAAAACGGCGAAGAAAAAACGAACGAACAAGGAGGCUCGAGCAGCGACUCUCGGCUGAUGGAAGCCAUCUUUGCGCAAUCUGGAGUCCACUCUGCUCUCGAGCACGACCGGAUCGUCAAUGGAAAGAAGAUUAUCGCUCCGGACAGGGGAAUUAUUGAAGCAGAGGCUAAACGGCUGGCUGCAGAAGCUGCCGAGAAGCUCCGCAAAGCCGAGGAAAAAGCACGGUUAGUGCCAGUAGGCACACCGACAUGGACUGGGCAGUUUGGCAUCGCCGGCAGACCGGAAGACACAGGCACCUCUCAUUUUGGAGGAGCAGCGAGCAUGGCACGGGGAGUUGGUGUUGGACCUUCUUCUGCCAGCAUCCUGGCCAACCUGGCCAACCGAACGGGACGUAACAGCCCAGCUUCCUCUUCCGGAGGAGGAGGAGGGAAAGUAGAGUUCUUGCCGAUGAUCCGAGAUUACAUACUCGCGCAGGGGGGCUCGGCGUACACGCAAAUGCUGAUCGAUCACUUUAACCGGUUCUGCACGACGGCACAGCGAUCGGCUGAAUUCAAGGAGACGCUCAAGACGGUGGCGGUGCUGAACAAGGGCGGGCGCAAUGGACGGGGCAAGUGGUCCUUGAAAAAGGAGUACGCUAGACGAUGA